CUUCUCCAAACGAAAGGCGCACGCGCAGACGCUUUUCCUCCUCCUGGUGCUGCUUUUUGGUCUCUGUUGAUAGCGGCUUCUGCUUCCACACGUGUAACUAUUCUCAUGUGAAUCCCGCUUUUUCAGACCCGUUUGUAGUCUUAUUCCGCUUUGGCAGACAGGUGUAAAGCCGAAGAAAGUGACAACCAUGGGGGCUUAUCUGUCGCAGCCUAACACGACCAAGACUUCUUCAGAUGGCGGCAACAGCAGCAUGAGCUACGGCUUCUCUGCCAUGCAGGGUUGGCGGGUCUCCAUGGAGGAUGCUCACAAUUGUAUCCCAGAGUUUGACGAUGAGACGGCAAUGUUUGCUGUGUAUGAUGGUCAUGGAGGUGAGGAGGUCGCAUUGUAUUGUUCAAAGUACCUUCCUGACACAAUCAAGGAGCAGAAAACCUACAAAGAUGGAAAACUGCAAAAGGCUCUAGAGGAUGCAUUCUUGGCCAUUGACAGCAAAAUGACCACUGAGGACGUCAUCAAAGAGCUGGUCCAAAUUUCUGGACGUACUAUUGAGGAGCCGCUCAGUGAAAAGGUGGCAGAGGAGGAUGACUUGGACACAGAGGAGGCAGCAUUACUCCAUGAGGAGGCCACAAUGACCAUAGAGGAGCUGUUAGAACGAUACGGCCAGAACCGCAACGCUGUCAAACAUGCGCCCAGCAGUGCAGCAGUUAAAAAAGCACCCUGCCCACAUACCAAGGCUUUGUUGAUGAUGAGGAGGGGAGGGGGUGAAGAACAGAAAGAGGAUGGUGUGAAUGGAGAGGUUGAAGAAGAGAGCAAUGAAAAGAUGAAAGAAGGUGAUGGAGCAUCAGUUGGGUCAAAGCUACGUGCCUGUCGGAGAACAGAAGGAAGAGAAGGCAGUGAUGAUGCAGCUGCUGCAGACUCAGAAAGUUCGAAUGGAGGAGAAAAAGCUGGUAAGGCAGAAGGAGAUGCUGGUCCUUCCUGCUCAUCCUCAUCUUCAAAGGUCCCAGGAGAUACCAAGUCCAGAAUCUUUGAUGAUAGUGAGGAGUCUGAUGAGGGGGAAGAGGAAGAGGAAGGCAGUGAUGAAGAGGAUGGCAGUGAAGAGGAAGAAGGAGAUAGUAGCGAGCUUGAGGAAGAAGAGGAUACAGAAGAGGGUGAGGAAGAUUCUGAAGAUGAAGAGGAAAUGCGUCUACCUGGGAUGGAUGGAAAGGAGGAGCCCGGCUCAGACAGUGGCACCACAGCUGUUGUGGCUCUGAUCCGAGGGAAGCAGCUAAUUGUGGCCAAUGCUGGAGACUCUCGCUGCGUGGUGUCCGAGCGUGGGAAAGCUGUUGAUAUGUCAUAUGACCACAAGCCAGAGGACGAGGUGGAACUAGCUCGCAUCAAGAAUGCUGGGGGGAAAGUUACCAUGGAUGGCCGCGUUAAUGGUGGACUGAACCUCUCCAGAGCUAUUGGUGACCACUUCUAUAAGAGGAACAAGGCUCUCGGUCCAGAAGAGCAGAUGAUUUCUGCGAUGCCUGACGUCAAAGUUCUCACACUCAAUGAAGAUCACGACUUUAUGGUCAUUGCCUGCGAUGGCAUCUGGAAUGUGUUAAGCAGCCAGGAAGUGGUGGAUUUCAUUACUGAAAGGGUCAAACCAGAUCAUAGCAGUACAGCCAGACCUCUGUCAUCCAUAGUGGAAGAGCUUUUGGACCACUGCUUGGCCCCUGAUACAUCGGGAGACGGAACAGGAUGCGACAACAUGACUUGCAUCAUAGUUACCUUCCGGCCACACCUCUCUCCUGCUCAGAGCCAAUCUGAUGACACAAAAAAGAGGAAGCACCAGGAAGAGGAUGAAGGGAUAGAGGUGGAAAAGAAUGGAAAUGACAGCAAAAAGGCAAAAAGUGACUAAAGGGAAGGAAAGGAACUGUCGUGGAGAAAGCAACUGGUCCCAAGCUACCCCACAAAACACCAGAGACGCAUUCUGCUCAAAAUCGAUUCUUUACCUCACAAACAUUUCUCUCAAAACUUUUCUUUUCUCCUUCCUCUCAAAUGGUAUACAUAUGGUAAAAGAUCAGUCAGACUAAGUUAAUGAGGUUGUUUUUCUAUUUUGGAUUCAUUUUCACUUAAAGGCCCCUCUCUUUUGUUUGGUGUUGUUGGAAAGAACCUGCACGGUAAAUCCAUAGGAGGCUGACUAGUCACAAGUAUAAGUACCAUGUGUGAUGGUAACUAAGAUGAUGCAGGAAAGAUGUAGACAUUACUUUAAACCAAAAGUAUUUUUCAACAGAUUUAAGAUGUCGCCAUUGUUGCACAUGCUUCAUUCCAUUAUGUUUUCAAAAAGUUAAUUACUUUUUGGAGCGUGGGUGGGGGUUUGCAGAACUAUAGUACUGACAAGUGUCUCACUGCUGAUCAUAUUUCAAAGCAUUUCUUUGCAUUUUCCCCUGAAGAUUUUAGAGGAUUUAGUGUUGCGUUCCAUGAGAAAACUGCACAAUGCUUUCUGGGUAUCUUAAGCACAUUUGAAGGCAUUCAGUGUACUGACUCGAAGUGCCAUACAAGCAGAACAGUUCUUUUCCCAGACACUGGUUCACUUCUGCAAAUUAGUUAUUCUUAUUGACAGAAAACAUUUUGACUUGUCACAGCAGGAAAAGUAACACACAGUUGCACUCAAGUGUUCCAGUCCACAAAAUUAUGAAUUAUUUUGUUUUUCUGCUGUGACAUUUUAACUU